AUGGCGACUGUCUCGGCUCCGUCAGUCGUCACCGAGCUCUCCCAGUGGGACGAGCUGAGGAGAGAAGCCCGCCGGCUCGAGGGAGACCUCGAUGUCCGCCUUUCUGCCUACGCCAAGCUCGGAAGCUCCCCGGGGCGAGGUUCUCUCUCCGCCCACUUCCCUGAUCUGAUCUUCUUUCAGGCCCCGCUGAUCCAGGGAGAUCUUCCUGUCUCUCUCAAGGGUACUCGGACCUGAGGUCGGCGGGGGCGGGAGAACAACUCCACGGCAGCGGGCAGCAGUGGAAAUCGGUGGAGAUGGAGAUUGAGUUGCUCCUGGAGAAGCUCCUCGACGUGAACGAAUCCAUGAGCCGAUGCGUGGCGGCUGCGGCGGCGCCCGCGCUCUCCGUCUCGCAGAAGCUCACUAGGCACCGUGACAUCCUCCACGAGUUCAGCCAGGUCAGAAGAUUUGUCCAACCCUUCUGAAAUAACUCUGUUCCGAUGAUACUGGCAGUCACAGAUAGGGAAUUACCCAGAUCUGUUCCCAAAAACUUGAGAUCUUUUUAUCCCUUUCUCCUUGUCUUCAACGCCACCACCAACUAGAACCAGCAAUAGGCGCUGCUUCUGGUUGAUUUUGAUCCUAAAUUUAUACUCAGUGAAGUAUAUCUCUGCAACUUCGAAACUUACUGAAAAAAAGAUCUGGAUAGUGUUCAUUUUCUGCGGGUCAUCUCAAGCAAGAUCGAAGACCAUGGUAUUCUUACGACCAGUGAAAAAAAUAAAAAUUAAAUUCCUCAGGGGAUUGAAAAAAGAAGAAGAAUUAUAAGCUUCACUAGUUGGAUUUUGCUGAAAUUAGUCAAGCUUUUGAUGCCCUUUUUCUGGAUCUUGGGCACUUUCACUAGGUGGAUCGCUGAUGGAUCACAUAGAUGGUGAAUUAUUGCAAUUAUAACCCAGCUGAUGAAAGGAAAAUAGUUCCUCUGUUUUACUAGUCCGAUACUGAUCACAAGAAAUUUAAGGAAAAUUUUGGAGACCAGAUAUCCAGGAGUUGACUUUGGGGGAAGAUUUUAUCGGGCCGAGUCUCCAAAAUUGAUAGUCUUUUUACGUAGUUUUCCCUGAAAUUAUAUUUAUAUGUCACUGAUAAUUUCUCUUCAGCCUAGACUUGGAGGGUGUGAUUCCUUUUUUAUGUAUUUUAAUUUUAUGGACAUUUUUUAUGUUUUUUAUGACAGCUUAAGAUGGAUAACUUUUUCUAUGAAUGUUGAAUUUUGUGUUAGGUGCUUUAAGAUAGGAAAAUAGCAACACGUAACCUUAUAACCAGCAGCUUAGUAAGUUUUUGUUUGACUUGAGGCCCACCCAGAACUCCAAGCCAAGUCUACACCCAUCUUCGGAGCACACUUCAGUUAUAAGAUCAUUGCGUUAGCCAGAAACAUAUUUUACCUAAUAUGUUCAUUGAUGAUUUAUGUAAUCAUUUUUUAUGCAAAAUCUACAUACUGUGCCAUAGUUUAUGUGUGUAUAAGCCUGUAGAUGAAAUUAGAAAAAUCUGAUCACAGGCAUCAAGAGUGAAACAAUACACUGAAGAUCAUCGGAAUGGGAAUGAUCUAAUACUACUUGGUUUUCCUCCCCACUGGAAAUAUGUCUGCAUCUCAUCACUAUGCUUUCAUGAAGAUUAUGGCCUAAAAUUUUCAACAUUCGACUCCUAUGAUCUGUAGAAUUUAUUUUGUUAUUUCUGGCACGAUGACUUAGCAUUUACCUUUCUUCUCCAAAAGUCAUCUCCUCAUGUGUUAUUAUUCUCUCAUUUUACCGUUGACUUUUUUAUAGUUUCCUCUUUAAUGCUCAAUAGGAAUUCAGGCGAAUCAAGGGUAACAUCAUGUCAAUGAGAGACCAUGCCGAACUCCUUACUUCCGUACGCAAUGACAUCAAUGAAUACAAGGUAAGAAGGGCAUAUUUAUCAAAAACCCUCACUUAUUUUUCCAAAACAUAUCUCUUCACCUUCAUUGAUGGGUUUCGCCAUCACAGGCAUCUGGUAACUUGCAGUCAGUUCCGAAUUCACUAAGGGAGCGGGCAGCCAUUCAUGCGAGCAUUGGGCAGGUGACGUAUAUACCCUGGAAAGCUUACACUACUUUAAGAAUGCAUGGUAAAGAUUAAGCAGCGGGCACAAUGCAUUUUGCAGAUUGACGAAGUGACUAGUCAAGCGGAAUCAGUAAAGGGGUCAUUGGCAGCCCAACGAAAUGCCUUUACUGAGAUCCAGGGGAAAGUCAAGCAACUGGGUGACAAAUUCCCUGUGAUUCGCAAUCUGCUGGGUAAUUGACAUUAAUCCACCAUCUCCUUUCACAGUUGUUGAUGAAAGAUUCAUCCAUGUAUUGAUUGAUUGAUUGCUUUUUUAGGGUUUUGGGCCCCAUACUAUCCCGAAUUAGCAAUAAAUAUGUUCCUAAAUAUGAUGUAGCACCUCAUUUUCGCUUAUAGUUCCCCAUUAAUGAUGCUUGGGCUCGGAUCUGUUUAUAAUGGUGAUAUGGUUUGCCCUUUUUUUUUCAGGUUUUAAAUAUUAAUUCACUGAAACAUUUGAGUAUUCACUAUCGCAUUGCAUGAUUAUUAAUGGGAGACCUAUAGUUUAAUUGAUCAAUUUUUUUAAUAGGUUCCUUUCAGCUUUUGCUCACCAGAAUAUCUCACUGAAUAUGCUAUAGCAAUUAAUAUUCCCCUAUAUUUUUAUUCAUGCUCCCUGUCAAUGAUUCAUAUGUAUUGAUGUUCUCAAAAUUGAAUUAACUUGUCUGCUCUCUCUCUCUCUCUCUCUCUCUCUCUCUGUGUUUGUUAUUUAUAGAGAAGAUAAUAUUAAUUUCUCUCCCUGCCAAUGAUUCAUAUGUACCGAUGUUCUCAAAAUUGAAUUAGCUUAUCUGCUCCUCUCUCUCUAUCUCUCUGUUUUUUAUUUAUAGAGAAGGCAAUAUUAAUUUGUUUCUUCUCUUUUUUAGGAGCAAUCAAGAGGAAGCGAUCCAGGGACACGCUCAUCCUCUCAGCUGUCAUCGCUGGAUGCACCCUCUUCCUCAUCAUCUACUGGUUCUCAAAAUAG